AUGUCUUUAUCUCCACAACAUUCAACAUUAACAUCACCUCCCUGCAUGUCAUUAUCUCCGCAACCUUCUACAUCUUCAACCUCACCCCCCUACAUGGCAUUAUCUCCACAACAUUCACCAUUAACAUCACUUCCCUACGUAUCACUAUCUCCACCACCUGCUACAUCAUCCAUCUCAACUCCCUACAUGUCUUUAUCUCCGCAACCUUCUACAUCUUCAACCUCAGCUCCCUACAUGUUUUUAUCCUCACAACCUGGUACACCCUCCACUCAUUUUCCUAUUAAUCCAUCUUCAACUUCCAAUUCUCCACUCAGCUCGAAAGAAAAUUUUACAGGUACUCCUUCAAGAGCUAGUAGAAUAAGAUGUCCCUUUCCCGACUGCUCCUCCAUUUUCUCCAGAUACAUAAGUCUUCAUGGCCAUAUUGAAUCCCACCACAUGGUAGCUAUAGAUUAUAAAGAGAGCGUCAAUCAGCUUAUGCGGCCUCUUUUAUUGCUGCCUAAUUUAAGUGCGGCCUCUAACGGCAAAAAGGUUCCCCACCUCUGCGCUAUACAAUGA